GAUCGAACCACCAAUCCAUUUCGCUGCCAUCUGCGUCAGCAGCGCCGAAAGCCGCCGAAGAAACCCAAACCCAAAACACCACGAUCCCCAAACCGACCCUGGGCGUCUUCCCAUCGCCCCCACGUUCCUCAAAUCCUCAGGGCCAAAACCGUCCACUCGCACAGCGCCCAGAGUUACUAGCCGUUACUUUUACCCCUCCACGCCGAGUUCAAAUUUGCGCCCCGUCGCUCGCCGCCCGCAAACCCCUCUCCCCAAUCCAAAUCCAUCCCCUAAUCAACGCCUCCAUCAUCCUUCCUUGAAUCCAUCCCCUCUGCCUAAAUCAAGACCUCUCGCGGCGGGAGAACUGAAACUUCUCUCCAAUGGCGAUGGCGAUGGAGGCCAAGUCUGGAGGUCGCGCCGUGCGGCGGCCGCUGCAGCCGCGGGAUUCCAAUGUCGCCUCCCCCGUGGUUGCCGUCGCUGCGGUCCCCGGGAAGGCCAAGGCCAAGGCGAGGACGAGGCUGGCGGCGACGGCGACCGCGUCUCCGCCUUCGGUGAGGUCGUUCCUGAGGGCCGAGAGCAGGGUGGAGAUGAAAGAGGUGUCGUCGCUGGCGGAGGAGCUGGAGAAGGCGCGGGAGCGCCGGGGACGGCUGCGGGCGGCGCGGGAGGUCACGGAGAGGGCCCUGGAGGAGCGGGAGGAGGUGCUGCGGGUGGAGGCGAGGGAGUGGGAGCGCAGGGCCGACGAGCAGAGCCGGCUCGUCGCAGAGCUCAUGCGGCUGCUUGGGAUGCCGGAGGUGUAUACUCCAGUGGAGUCGCUGAGAUCGAAGGAGGAGAGAAAGAGAAAGGAGGCCAUUGCAUAUUCGGGUUCACUGGGUUCAGUCUCGAGUGCUUCUUCAAUGCAAGAAGAAGUUGGAGCAAAUUCCUGUGGUCAGGAAUUGGAGACAUCAGCAACGACGGCAACAGCAACCACUGGAAACAGCUUCUGAUUUUUGUUCACUCUGGUCGUUCUUCAAUUGUCUUGCUCAUGGUUGUGAAUCAAAUCAAAUGGCUUGUUUGGUGUCCGAAACUACCAUGAGACCAUUAUAAAUUUUAGAUCUAGAGAAGAAUAUCACCGGCAAGAAGUAUAUAUCAGUAUAUGACUCAAACUAGCAUAAAUUAAUAAUAUCAAAUGGGAGGUCAAGUCGCCAA